UUUUCGACCAAACCCCCAUCCCUCCUGAUUUGCCGCCCUGGCAGGCGGUAGCAAGUCCUGAGCAGUAGCCAAGAUGGUCACGUUUGCGUGGCGGAGACUGCACCUAGUUGCAAAAGGGGACGGUCGCUAUCUGUGUCGCCCUCUCUGGGCGAAUGGUGGGGCCCGGCGCUGCAGUACGAGGCCCCGAUCCUGCACUCGGAUCUGCGGCGUGGAUGCCAGGGCAGCCCAGCUGAGGCGAGCGCGGCGCCGCCCCAGGGGAUCCUCUAGGGGCCGUGCAGCGGCAGCGCGCUCAGCCGGCCCUGUGCAGAGGGCCUGCCUCAGCAGCGGGGCGCCGCGGCCAGGCCGGGGCCUCGGCUCCUCCGAGCAAGCGGGGGGCGAGCCGGGCUGAGGGUGAAGGGCCCUUGAGCCGGGGGAGACGCUGCUGGGCUGGGAGCGGGGCACCUGGGCUGGGCCUCAUGGUGAGGAGGCGGAGCAGGAGCCGGGAUUUGGGACCGCCCGUCUGCCUGGGGGGCGGGAGCGGCUGGCGGAGCAGCAGUAGCGGCAGCUUGGGCCGCAGGGAGACGCCUGAGCGGCUGCCCCUGAGCAUGGCGGCGGCUGCUCCUCCCGCGGGCGGCGGGGGCUGCUGCCCGGCCGGGCCCGGCGGCGGCGGCGGCUCGGUGCCCGUGCUCUUCUGCUUCUCGGUCUUCGCCCGGCCCUCGACCGUGCCGCACGGCGCCGGCUACGAGCUGCUGAUCCAGAAGUUCCUGAGCCUCUACGGGGACCAGCUCGACACGCACCGCAAGUUCGUGGUGCAGCUCUUCGCCGAGGAAUGGAGCCAGUACAUCGACCUGCCCAAGGGCUUCCUGGUCAGCGAGCGCUGCAAGGUGCGCCUGGUGCCGCUGCAGAUACAGAUAACUACAUUGGGCAACCUGACACCUUCAAGCACUGUAUUCUUCUGUUGUGAUAUGCAAGAAAGAUUCAGACCUGCUAUCAAAUAUUUUGGUGAUAUCAUCAGUGUAGGACAACGAUUGCUCCAGGGUGCACGGAUUUUAGGAAUUCCGGUCAUUGUGACAGAACAGUAUCCCAAAGGCCUUGGAAGCACCGUGCAAGAAAUUGAUUUAACAGGAGUUAAACUUGUGCUUCCAAAAACAAAAUUUUCUAUGGUAUUGCCAGAAGUAGAAGCUGCAUUAGCAGAUAUUCCUGGAGUCCGCAGUGUUGUCUUGUUUGGAGUAGAAACUCACGUGUGCAUCCAGCAAACAGCGUUGGAAUUGGUUGGCAGAGGUCUGGAAGUUCACAUUGUAGCAGAUGCCACCUCAUCAAGAAGUAUGAUGGACAGAAUGUUUGCUCUUGAGCGUCUUGCUCGCACUGGAAUAAUAGUUACCACUAGUGAAGCCAUCUUGCUGCAGCUGGUAGCUGAUAAAGACCAUCCAAAAUUCAAAGAAAUUCAAAACAUCAUUAAGGCAAGUGCUCCAGAGUCAGGGCUCCUUUCCAAAGUAUAAAGAGGGCUUUUUGAAAGAGCAGCACAUUGUCAUCUUUAAGGAAGAACUAAAGUUGUAAGCAGAUACAUGUGCACACUCUCACACUAACUUCAGUAGAAAUAUAAAACUAAAAGUUGGCGUAUUUGUGCUUGCCUUAGCAAAAUUUGUCUGGGUGCCAGUGUGUUCUGUUUAAUCAGAGCUGUCAAAGACCUUGAGUACCACGAGAUGCUUUUAUUGUCAGAUGCUCUAUUAUUUAUUAAAAAAAAAAAAACUUAACAGAGGUGCCUGUUAGUCUGUACUAUAUCCACUGAUUGUUACACUUCUCCAAAAAGUGCACAUUUCUGUGAAAUCUCUCUUGAUUGUUCACUUUGCAAAAGUGUACUGUGAUAUUCUGCUUCACUUUUGUAUUGAUUUGAAAUGUGAUGUGAUAAUAUGCUUUAACUUUGUGCAUAAAUUAAACUAUUUUAAUAGAGAAUUUCAAUAGUAUAAAAUAGAUGGACUACGUGUUUACAUUGUUUGUUUGUCUUUUAGAAUAAAAGCUAAAUGCUUGUCUUAUUCAGUAGACAAACCAAGUAGCUCAAGCAGCAAUCUAGGCUUAAUUAUUUUGUAUAGCUGAAGUGGACUAUGUUGAUUCUUGAUUAUUCCAGACUUUUGACUCCCUAAUCCUGUUUUAAUGUUCUGUACUUCAACUACAAGUUCCAGAUGGAAGCAGUCAUUGGGUCACUGCUCCUUUCAAAAUUAUAAAGAAAUCUGUCAAUUUGUUAAUGAGAUGAUCUAAAAGAUUGGUUUACAGUAAUUCACAACUAGUGGGAGACUACCAGCAUUUAAAAUUGAAAAAAAAAUCUUAAACUCUUUCAGUUUCAAUUACUGAAAGCUAAUUAUUUCUAGAAAUGUCCUCAGAUUUUUUUAAUCCUUUUAUGACUAGAUUUAAUAAACUCCAUCUGGUUUCUGCAUUAAGCCAAGCAAGCCCUGAAAAAACUUUUCUAGUGUGUUGCAGACUUCUGCAGCACUGAUGUUGGAAUUUGAUUGGAAUCUAGCCUAAAAGCAUAAAAAAGAAACAUCUGUAACUUGGUGCUAUAUAUUUUGUAGCUGGAACUAAACUUUAACACAAUUGUUCUUCUUGAAGGCACCAUCUUCAUGUUGAAAUGGGUUAAAAUUUGUUAUGUAACGUUUACAACAAGAAUGUAACUUUAAAACCUUUUGGGUUUUUUUGUUUUGUUUUUUUUUAAGGAGAUGAAACAAAAUAUUGAACACUGAUCUUUUAGGUAUAAAAUACUGAUCUUUUAGGUAUAAAAAUUACAGUAAAUGUAUUGUUUGAAAUGAUUUAUUUUCCCCACAAGAUGGCUCUAAAAGAAUUGUAUAACCUUUAUAUGUUUAAAGCAAAUAAAAUGUUAACAUUUACUUUC